GAUUCAAAUUUGAAUAAAUUUUUUUUCUGUUAGUUUAUUUAUUAUUUUGUUUUAUUCAAAUUUUCUUCACCAAAGUGAAAAAAAACAUUAAAACAGCAAAAAUGGUAAAAAUUUCGACAGCAUCAAUCAUGGUGACAAUUUUCUCAAUGUUUAUCGGAUGGUCAUUGGCUGUUGGUCGUAAUCCAACACCUGUCGAGCAUAAUGCAUGUCGUGUUAAAUGGUCUGAACAUGUUAACGAAGUAAAACGUACAUAUAAAGAUGAUCGUGCACGUGUAGUUGCCGUAAAUCGAGGAUUGGAUGGUUCACCAUGUAUGACAUCUUGUCGUAUUAUAUUUCGUGGUAAUCAAAAAGAUAUGGAAGAUAUUUAUACACCUGAUGAUGUACAAUGUGCAACCGGUACUAAUCCACGAUUUUGCCAAAAAGGUCGAUGUGUUUUGCCAGCCAAAUAUCGUAAUGGUCAAAAUGGAGAAUCGAUUGAUGAAGUAUAAUAACAUUGUUGGAAAUAUGUGAA